AUGUGCACCUCAUUAUCCCCAAAUAGAUGGUUCGUUUUCGUCCUCUUGCUUUGGAACUGCCUUUAUGUACAAGCAAAAGUCGAUCAAGAACCCCGGUCAACAGCCCUUUGCUCAAAUGUAAACAAUACCUUUGAGAAGCCCUCAAUUUCAAGCAGAUCCCAAAAUGCAAGUGCAAUCGAAACAACAGACAAGAUAAUAGCAGCUUAUAACCUCUCCGAUCUCCCGCAUAUUUGCUUUAGUUUUCACGUCCCCAUGCGUGCUUUUGCCUUUGAUACAGAAGCACCCGAAAUGCUUUUCAACAGCGAGGAUGCGUUAAAUAUUUAUCCCCCUUUGAAUUGCAGCGAAAUUGGGGCCAAGGUUAAUUUUUCAUGCUUCUGCGAAAAUGAAACUGCACAUUUGUACCUUCCUAUGGCUUCAAAUUCAGGAACCGGAAAUUCCCACUUGAGGCCACAACCUGCACCAUGUUCUUGCCUUGAAUCAUCUAAGCUAAACAUUCCCGGACCAAACCUUAAUUACUGGUCUAAUGAAACUCGAGCUGAUUCGCAUCAAAGUGUUGAUGGCACGCCAAAUCAAAUUUUGCACCAAAACUUUCCCAUUGCCAUUGAUUACAAAUUGGCUAACGAAAACUUGAUAGCAUUCACGUUGGAAGGGGCAAAGUUGAGCAAGCCGCUCCGUGUUGUUGCAGCGUAUCUUCCCUCAUGGCUGGUUUACCAAAAAGUCCCACAAAGUGCACUUGAUUUCAAAGACAAAAUCUCCAAACUAACCCACUUGAUCUAUUGUUUCGCUGGUAUUGACCCCGAAAAUGGGGCUGUCUCGUUCAAACCCAACGAAUAUGCGCAUUAUGAGUGGAAUUCCAUUAGCGAUGAAGAAUUGUCCUCCGAACAGGAUGUUCCUGAAUUUCGGGGAAACUUCAUUGCUUUAUGGAAGGUUAAAAAGCUUAAUCCGCUGUUAAAGCUUGGAUUUUCCAUCGGAGGCUACGUAUAUUCUACAUCUUACUCUUCACUUAUUUCCGAUGCAAAGUGUAGGAUAGAAAUUGUCAAGUCCAUAAAAAGGCUUUUGGUGGAAGAAUUCCCGUUUUUUGAUUUCGUUGAUUUUGAUUGGGAACAUUUGAAAACGCCGCUUGAUGCCGUGUAUUUUGCAGAGAUCCUCUUGCUACUGAAACUUUCUUUAGAGGGCACUGGAAAGCAAAUUACGAUGGCCGUUCCUUUUGGGAUAGAAACUUUCCUCACAUCCGGGAAUGGAUUUCCGCAUCAAGAAAUAUUAAAUCGAUGCGUUGAUUUAUUUUUUGUGAUGACUUAUGAUUAUGCUGGCAGCUGGAGCGAAAAAUCGGGCCACAAUUCUCCAUUCUCGGCUGUGAAAAAAUCUAUAUCCUCCCUUUUUGGUGUAUUGGACACCUCCAAAAUCGUCCUUGGCAUCCAAAUAAGCGGAAAGAUCUUUUACAACUGCUCUGGUUUCAAUCAGCCAUUCUCAAAUGUUUACGUUCAGAAGAAUGUGGAUCCCAGUCCCACCAGCAAACAAAAACUCUCACACAUCUUAUCUCUCUCAAAUUCAGCAAAAUACCAGGGGACCUCAAAGAAUUCUGGUGUGUUAAGUGCAUCAAACCCUAAAAAUCAUAUUGUGGCAGGUAGUCUUGCCAAAGGGAGCGCAAAUGAAGAUAUCGACCCUCGUUUGCUUGGGCUGUUAAACCCAUCCAUUACAGGCGAAAAUGGCGAUCACAACAUCAAUUUGCCUCAAAAUAUACCAUACACAAAUAUCAUGAAAAUCAUUCAAACUUGUCCCGAUUUAAUUGCCCGUGCAGUGUUUUCGAAUGACGCUUACAUAUUGCUAAGACUCUCGAAAACAUCUAAAAGGACCAUUCUUAUUACAUAUAUUUCGAGACUAGAUGUUAUCGAAAGGGCUCGACUAGCUUCUAAGAAUGCAUUGGCCGGAAUGUUUUUUUGGGAGAUCAGUAAUGACCUUUCCGGAGACAACUCCAAUGCAUCUCUUAUGGGUGCUGUUUAA